AUGUCAAGGUAUCUUCAAUUGAAUAACGGAAACAAAAUCCCUCACAUUGGGUUUGGAACCUGGGAAUUGGGCAGAUCUCAAGCUGCCAAUGUUGUCUAUCAUGCACUUAAGGCUGGAUUUCGCCUAAUCGACACCGCUUAUCUUUAUCGCAAUGAAAAAGAAGUCGGGGAAGGAAUUGAACGGUGGUUGGAUGAGGAUCCAGAAAAUAACAAACGAUCUGACGUUUUUUACACCACCAAGCUUUGGGAUUCCCAGUUUGGGUACGAAAAUGCAAAGAGGUCUAUCCAGAGAGCCAUCGACCAGGUGCCGGGAUUGGAGUAUAUUGACUUGCUGUUGAUGCAUUCACCUAAUGGGGGACCUAAGGUACGUAAAGAGACCUACCAGGCGAUGCAAGAAGCUGUUGAUCAGGGAAUUGUGAAGCAAUUAGGGGUGUCCUCCUGGGGAGAAGCUCAUAUAAAAGAGUUAUUUUCGUGGGAUGGGUUGAAAUACAAACCAGUUGUAAAUCAAGUUGAACUAUCACCUUGGUGUAUGAGGGAACGUCUAGUCGAUUUCUGCCAUAAGAAUGAGAUUCUGACUGAGGCUUACUCACCAUUGGCUCGUGGAGGUCGUUUCAACGAACAGGUUGUGAAGUCAAUUGCAAAGAACAAAGGAGUUACUCCAGCUCAAGUACUACUAAGAUGGUCGAUUCAAAAAGGACAUAUUCCUAUCCCCAAGACCCAAACUAUAGGGAGACUCCCUGAGAACAUUGAUGUUUUUGGUUUCGAACUAAAUGACCAGGAAAUUGGUCAAUUAGACCAUCCCAACGCGCACGAUCCUACUGAUUGGGAUGUCGUCAAUGUUCCUUAA